AUUACUUCUUGCACGCGAUCGAGAUCAAUAGCAGCGACCUAUAGAGUUCACGCUUUGUGAGCGGCCGUAAGAGAGAGCUUCAAGUGGACCAUCACAGACAAAGACCGCCUGUUGACGACGAUCUCGUGCACAUCAUCUAUAUAGAUCCAAGUGGCCUUUAAAGCAUCGCCUUUUACCCUGAUCCUGAAUUGAAUUCCUCCACGAAGGCGUAAAAAACUCCAAAACGAUAUCAGUUGGAUCCUAGCAGGAAAUGAAAACCAGAACAAUCGUUACUUUAGCUCUGAUCCUGUGUCUUCUUCUUGUCGCAGAAUCUAUCAGGUUCAGAGGAUGGCGCAGGAGGGGCGGGAGACGACGACACCCCCUAACUCCUAAAUUUAUGUUUUACACCCACCCUGGCCGUAAAGAUUAUUAUGAUAAUCCGAAUGGAGCAAAGAUAACCAGGUCGUCACACUUUGAAUACGAAUUUUUUCUGGGUCACAGAAUAGUGUUCAUAUGUGUCGCGAGAGGUGACCCACGGCCACGAAUCACUUGGUAUAAAGAUAGCAUUGAACUGUACGAACAUCCGUAUCUCCAGAUAUCUGAAUGGCACCAUGGGAAAGCUAAGCUAAAGAGCAAGCUAGAAAUCACUCCCGCCAGACAAAUGGAUUCAGGAACUUAUGAAUGUCAAGCCAAUAACAAGUACGCCGUCGACAGAAAAAUCUUCAAAGCAGAUUUCUCUUCUUACUCUUAAAAAACACAAUAUUUUGUUUAAGAUCUAUAAGUUGUAUUAACUAGUGCUAUCUAUCGGUUGUUUUAGAAACUUUCACGUAGUUAUAAUAUAUUUAAUAUAGCUCAUAAUGUGUCAUUUAAAACAAUCAUUAAAAUAUGAAAAGUUCAA